AUGACUAGCCAGAAAAAGUCGCACGUCUUCCGGGUGACAGGCCUGUCGAGGGCACUGCCCGAUGGGGAUCUUAAAACCGUAUUACAAGAGACACUUAACGACAACUUCACCGACGACGAGAGAUCACAUAUCAAGGCUGAGAUCAUAAUAGUCCCUUCAUGCUACGAAAAUGACACACAGAGGGUGGCGCUGGUGCAGUUCCGCGGCGGGGUGCCUCAGUUCCUUCAUGAGCUGAGAGUUGAUCCACUCGGAGACUGGCAGAUCGAGAUGGAAGAUGAUGAUAUCAACUUUGACUGCAACUUCUUUGGAUUUACCCAGCUCUACGCGUCGGACGAAAAUAAGCCAGUGGCUAUAGACAUCAUCGCCAUCACCGGACUAGAUGGACAUGCGUAUGGGUCGUGGCAGGGCAGAGGAAAUCUCGGUCGGAUGUGGCUCCGUGACUUCCUGUCGAAGGAUCUUCCGCAGUGCCGCACCAUGAUCUACGGAUAUAACUCUAAGCUGUCGAGCCCCGGUAUCGAUACGAUUCUUGACUACGGGCGGGGGCUGAUGGAGGAAAUCAAGAAAAUUCGGAACACGACAGAGCUCUAUCAGAGACCUUUGAUUUUCAUCGCGCAUAGCUUUGGAGGCAUUAUCGUGGCUCACUGUCUAGUAAGGGCUAUUCAGACAAUGGAGGAUGACCAUCCGGCGAUCAAGUCGCUACAUCGAGCCACAUACGGCAUGAUCCUCUUUGCCAUCCCACAUAAAGGAUUAGUGAUGGAUGAUAUCCAGCAGAUGCUAGUAGGGGAUCGGAGCAACUAUCCGCGAGAGCAAUUACUACAACAGAUCUCCAGAAACUCGGAUGUCCUGAUCCAUCAACUAGCCGAUUUCAAAAAUCUGAUCCGGGACCGGAAGGUGGUCAGCUUCUAUGAGAUGGAGCAGACUAGGCGGCUGGUACUGGACUCGGAAAGUGGACGAUGGAAACGCACCGGGGAGUUUAUGACGACGGUUGGCGCAGACUCGGCUCUUCUCCAACUUCCCGACCAUAUAGAAGAUAAGGUGCCGCUAUAUGCAGACCACUCAAUGACGGUUAAAUUCGACACGCGCAACGCGACCGGGUAUCGAACGGCGCUCGAUAAACUGCGGCAGUUCGCCAAAGACGCGCCAUCAGUAGUUGCGGGUCGGUUUGCGCAGACGCGCCCGAAGCCCCAGCCGUGCUCCACAGUGCCUUUUAAGAAGGACCCGAUGUUUAUAGGCCGUGAGAGUGUGAUCAGUAUGAUUAAGGGAAAACAUGGGGUGAUCGGUCAGCGUCACGCGCGGGUUGUAUUAGUAGGGUUAGCCGGCGUUGGAAAAACUCAGACAGCUAUUGAGUACUCUUAUCGCGUGCGAGAAUUCACACCGUACAUAUGGGUUUUUUGGAUCCACGCUAGUAAUACGGCGCGGUUAGAACAGAGCUACCAGCAGAUUGCUAUAGUAGCGGAGAUUCCGGGACGGGACAAUCCAAAGACGAACAUCCUCCAGCUCGUGUAUCAGUGGUUAUGUGAUCCGCAAAAUGGGCGCUGGCUGAUGGUGCUAGAUAACGCAGAUGACGAUGGUAUCUUUUUUAGGGGUGAUCUAUCUAAUGAACAAGUGCCAUUGGUGAACUUCCUGCCCCAGGCUGCCCAUGGAUCAAUGCUGAUCACAUCGCGAAAUCGUCUCGCAGCACAGAAUCUGGUAGGGAGCGACGGCCAUGUGAUUGAUGUUCAGCCAAUGAAUGAGGAAGAUUCCCUCGUCCUAUUAAGAGGAAGGGCUCUGGCCCCUUACUCUAGAGAGUCUGAAGAUGACGAGAAGGCAUUGGUCCAGGCACUAGAGUAUAUCCCACUCGCUAUCACGCAGGCUGCGGCGUAUAUUGCCAAUCGGUUGCCCUUUAUUACUGUCUCUAUAUAUCUUCAACUUUUCAAUGAAAGCGAGUCGAAGCAGAUGCGGCUUCUCCAGAAUGAGGAUUCUGCGGAUCUCCGGCGCGAUCCCACCAUUCGAUAUGCGGUGAUCACAACGUGGCAGCUAUCGUUCGAGCAGAUCCGCCAGGAGCGGCCCGCAGCGAUAAAUCUCCUGGCGUUGAUGAGUAUGUUCGAUCGGCAGGGGAUCCCGGAAGAUCUGGUGCGCGACUACGAGCAAGAUAUCCUAGAAUUCCACGAUGCAUUAGCGCCGCUACUCAGUUAUUCUCUGGUCCGACUAGAAAUUAACGAAAAGUUGUUUAACAUGCACCGCCUAGUACAACUAUCAGUCCGGGCGUGGCUCAACAUGCACCAGCAGCUCUAUAGAUGGCAGGCCAAAUCCCGAGGGAUUAUGGCAAGGGUGUUUCCGGAUGGCCAAUUCGAAAGCUGGACAAAAUGUCGAUCGCUCCUUGCGCACGCCAAAAGUGUGCUGAAGUCUAUAUAUGACGAAGAUGAUGAAGAUAGAGUAAAUGUCGCCACUCUCUUAUCUAAAUGUGGUUGGUUUCUAUAUCUUCAAGGAGCUUAUAAAGAAGCAGAAGCGAUGCAUCGACGGGCGUUAGAAGCAAGAGAGAAGGUGCUUGGACGCGAGCAUCCUCACACGCUCACCAGUGUCAAUAACCUUGGUUUAGUGCUUGAUAGUCAAGGAAAAUAUGAAGAGGCGGAAGCGAUGUAUCGACGAGACCUGGAAGGAAGUGAGAAGGUGCUUGGACGCGAGCAUCCUAACACACUCACCAGUAUUAACAACCUUGGCUCAGUGCUUGAUAGCCAAGGGAAAUAUGAAGAGGCAGAAGUGAUGCAUCGACGGGCGUUAGAAGCAAGAGAGAAGGUGCUUGGACGCGACCAUCCUGACACGCCCACCAGUGUCAAUAAUCUUAGCUUAGUGCUUAAUAGUCAAGGGAAAUAUGAAGAGGCGGAAUUGAUGCAUCGACGGGCAUUAGAAGCAAGAGAGAAGUUGCUUGGACGCGAGCAUCCUGACACGCUUACCAGUAUUAAUAACCUUGGCUCAGUGCUUGAUAACCAAGGGAAAUAUGAAGAGGCGGAAGUGAUGCAUCGACGGGCGUUAGAAGCAAGAGAGAAGGUGCUUGGACGCGAGCAUCCUCACACGCUCACCAGUGUCAAUAACCUUGGCUUAGUGCUUGAUAGCCAAGGGAAAUAUGAAGAGGCGGAAUUGAUGCAUCGACGGGCAUUAGAAGCAAGAGAGAAGGUGCUUGGACGCGACCAUCCUGACACGCUCACCAGUGUCAAUAAUCUUGGCUUAGUGCUUAAUAGUCAAGGAAAAUAUGAAGAGGCAGAAGCGAUGUAUCGACGAGACCUGGAAGGAAGUGAGAAGGUGCUUGGACGCGAGCAUCCUAACACACUCACCAGUAUUAACAACCUUGGCUUAGUGCUUAAUAGCCAAGGGAAAUAUGAAGAGGCAGAAGUGAUGCAUCGACGGGCAUUAGAAGCAAGAGAGAAGUUGCUUGGACGCGAGCAUCCUCACACGCUUACUAGUGUCAAUAACCUUGGCUCAGUGUUUUAUAGCCAAGGGAAAUAUGAAGAGGCGGAAGCGAUGUAUCGACGAGAUCUGGAAGGAAGUGAGAAAGUGCUUGGACGCGAGCAUCCUGACACGCUUACCAGUAUUAAUAACCUUGGCUCAGUGCUUGAUAGCCAAGGGAAAUAUGAAGAGGCAGAAGUGAUGCAUCGACAGGUGUUGGAAACACUAGAGAAGGUGCUUGGACGCGAGCAUCCUGACACGCUCACCAGUGUCAAUAACCUUGGCUCAGUGCUUGAUAGCCAAGGAAAAUAUGAAGAGGCGGAAGCGAUGUAUCGACGGACGUUAGAAGCACGAGAGAAGGUGCUUAGACGCGACCAUCCUGAAAGCAGGCCAUCUCCUACUUGCUGA